AUGGGGAAGCUAAACUUUGACAUCGACGAUGCCGACCUGCUCAAGACUUACAAUAUAUCAACUCUGUCGCCGGUAAAGUGGGAAGAGAUAGAUCAUGACGCAGACAACUCGCUCGCGGGUUCACUGACAAGCUCGAGCAACGAAGGGGAAGUCGACCCACUGGCUCUCGGAACCGUCAUCGAUGUACGGAAUAUGGACCUAGAUACCAAGGCUGCUGUCCUCAUUUCCUCCAAGUCAUUCAACCCGAAAGCCUUCCUGUCUGCGGUACACCCUAAUGCGACUUAUCAGGAUCUCGCGGCAGGUAUCGCUCACCUCAGGGCUUCGAUAGAGUCGAGAUCGGAAGCAGUGAGGAUUCUUGUGGAGGAGAAUUUCGACAGAUUUGUGGCCGUCAAGGCGUCGACUGAUGCGCUGCAUGCAGAGAUGCGGGAGGGACUCUUGGCAGGGCAGAACGACUUCGGAACGAAACCCCUACGUGAACACCUCAAGAAUUCCGCACAGAAAGCAGAUCAAGUAUUUCUCCCGGUUCUAGAGAACGCCCUCAAGGCACAAAAACUGCGUACUACGCUCAGCGUUUUCGAGCGGUCGAAAUUCUUUUUCAACUUACCAGGUUCACUGAUUGAGUCAAUCGAUUCGGGCCGCUAUGAAGCUGCCAUGAGAGACUACAAGAAGGGCAAAUUCUUGCUCGAGUCUCGACCGGGCCAACUACUCCCAGUGGGAUCUAAGAAGGAUGGUCCGGCUUCUACGAAUGCAGAGGAGCGUCAGAGGCGAAUAUUGGACAAGGUGUGGAGCACUGUAGAGAAAGUAAUGGGAGAGAUGAAGAAUCAGCUUGUUGCGAAACUGGAAGACCCCUCUCGAAGUGUCGAAGAGCAGGAGAAGACGAUUGAGAUAUUGGUCGAAUUGCAUCCAACCGACGACCCAGUAUGGACUUACUUCGACGCUCAGCACAAAUACAUCCUACAGCACAUGCAAGAAACAUACACCGCUUCCGUCGCAUACGUUCAAUCGGUGUUCGAGAGAGCUACUCCCCAGGAUACAAGUUUAAGAGCACUGACUCCAGCUUUGUCUGAGCAACUGCAGAGUUGUAUCAUCGCGUUGGAGUCCAAACAGAACGAUACCAUUAUUCCUCAAUCGGGUGGACAUGAUAUUUGGCAGGCCAUUUUGGCGAUGGUCAAAGGUGUCUCUGAGGCCAUGCUGUCCUCACUCCCGAAUUUUUGGCGAAUCGCCAGAUCGUUCAUGGACGGCAAGUUCAAAAAGGGGCCUCCAUCACGUCGGAGUCCUUUGCAAUGUCGCACAAUGGCACUUGACAUCGUGAAGCUCUAUAUCUCUCUCCUAUCGGAAUUUUUCAUGUUUUCCGACAUGGCCGUAAUGACCCCUCCGGGUAGUGCUUCCGACACAGCACCUCCCUUACUCCCCAAGGAUUCAAAUUCGCUCACGACUGCUCAUCAUCUGAUGAAAGUUCUGGGGGAGCUGCAGGACAGCAUCAAUGAUAUCCAGGGUAUGGAAAUUUCCAACGAGGCCUCUUCGAUCCUAAAGGAGUUGUUGGAAAGUGCUCGGUGGAAAUUCGAGGACAUAUUCACUCAGGCCUGGCUGAGAGAUGCAAACGUCUUCUACAAUCUGGAGAACUGGAUCGGCUCGGCCGUUGUCCCAUACACGACUAUCUACCUAUCACAGAUGCGGGUCUUCCAGAAGCAUGUCACCACAUGCGCGUUCAAGAUAGCUGGUGGAGUGGAUCUCUCGUCUUCCUCCAGCAUGUCGUCAUCGCGUGUGGGCAAACGAAGGCCUGUCGCACCAGAAUUCACUGCCAAAAUCGUCAAGGCUUUUCUAGAUACUCUCUACGCAUUCUUAGAUGGGCUUGUGCAUCUUGCCUCCGACGAGUCACCGACGGUGGCAGGGACACAUCUCAAAUUAGCGGAUAUGACUGUAUUAACAGGGACGAACCCGCUGGAACUUGUCGACAUACAGGAUGCGGACAAUCGGCUUCUGCUCGUUGUCUCGAACUUCGGGUAUCUGAUGAAUUCGCUCAUCCCGAGCAUGACGAACGAAUUGGAGGAUACGUUCGGGAUCACGACAGAAGAUGACAAACGGACCUUGGCAAAGGUCGUGCAGGAACUCGACGAGACCCUCUUCGGGAGUUAUGUCAAUCCGAAAGCGGCGACUCUCAUUGACAUGGUGCGAAACGGUGUCUUGGAUCCGCAGAUGGACUGGUAUGAGACGCCACAGCCAAAGGAGAUUCGCUCGUACGUGUACGAGGUCCUCAUGUAUCUGGUGGGCGUGCACGCCCAAGUCAGCGCCGUUGCCGCUCCGCUUUUGGAACGGACACUGAGCGCCCUUGUCGUGACCGUCGCAGAAGAAGCGCUGCGCUGCUUCCGCCAAGUUAAACGCUUUGGCAUGGGAGGCAUGCUGCGCGCAACACUAGAAAUUGAAUUUUUGCAUCAGACACUCUCGCGCUACGUGACCUCGUCCGCGGAACAAACACUAUCCGAUCUGUACACGACCAUAUCGCAAGCAUACGCCCGUCGACCUGGGGAUGAGAACCUUCAAGCGAACCUUGAUGUAGUCAAGAAAACUUUGGCAGACACGCGUCGUGCAACUGGCAUUGAGUUCCUGUGCUUCAGGCAGACCAAGGAAAAGUCUAGGGACAAGAGCUCCUCAGCCUCCAAGACCAAGGCAAAGACACCCCGCAAAGAAGAUAACUUGGGAGCUGCUAAGGCGCCCAUACAGUAA